AUGGCCGAUACAAACACAUCCGCACCAGCAGAUAAAGAAGAGAGCAAACCGCUGGCCGAAAGCCAGCCUCCAAAUCCUACGGAAGCGAAGAAUGAGCUUCCUAUACAGGCGGAGGAAGAAGACUCAGACUGGGAGGAACUUGACGAUGUGCUUGAUGACUUCUCUGCAUCAAAGAACACCUCUCAACCUGCGCAAUCAGAUGGAGUAAAGCCAGAACCUUCAGAAAAACAAGCAGAGCCUAACACAGACCUACCAGCCGCCGACCAGGAGGCAUUAUUAAAACAAUUAGAGGCCGGAAUGGCUGAGUUGAUGGGCGCCUCUAUCCCCGGAGACGCGAGCAGGGGAAAUGCUUCACAAGGGAAAGCUACCGAUAUACCAGGGAUGCCUCAAUUCCCCGGGAACGAGGAUUGGAAUGCGCUGACCGAAGAGCUAGAGAAGAAAGGAUUUACUAUGGCAGAUGUGAUGAAGCUUAUGAUGGGCGACGAAUUGAUGACAGGUGGAGAGGGCAUUCCCGGAGUGGAUGGCUCGACAGCUACAGCUAAAGCUACGGCAAAACAGCCAUCAUCCACAACAAAGAAAGGAGAAGAAAACUUCCAGGAAACUAUCCAGAGGACCAUGGAACGAAUGCAAGAAUCGGGCGACAAAGCUACAGCUGAGGUCAACGAGAGUGGAAACGACGAUGUAUUAAUGCAGAUUCUCAAGGCGAUGGAAAGCAGUGGCCUAGCCGGUGCGGGAGAAGGAGAUGAUGGGAACCUCGACAAGCUUUUCAUGGGGAUCAUGGAACAGUUAUCGAAUAAGGAGAUGUUGUAUGAGCCUUUGAAAGAACUUGAUGACAAAUUCGGCCCUUGGUUGAAAGAGAAUAAGGAUAAGAUAGGAAAAGAGGACCUGGAGAGAUAUGAGUUGCAGGCUUCCUUGGUAAAUGAUAUCGUUAGGAAGUUCGAGGAGAAAAGUUUUUCAGAUGAUAAGCCUGAGGACAGAGCUUAUAUAUGGGAGAAAAUGCAAAAGAUGCAAGCCGCUGGAAGUCCUCCAGACGAUCUCAUAUCAGCCCCUUUUAUGGACGAAUCCAAACUUCAGGCGCUAGGUCAAGAAGGUUGCGCACAGCAAUAA